AAGCAUCAAUUUCCAUAUUCGUCGAGAAAAAGUAUGACAGAUAACAACAGUAUGAGGUUAAUUUGGUGUUGUAUUUAGUAACGAUAAAAUAGUUAUGUUCGAAAAAGUGUGUUAAAAACCACAAUUUAUGGAACAGUGUCGUACAACGAAUUUUUUUACGUGCAGAUUACGAUGUAAUUAUUAUGUCCGGUAAUGCAGUGGCCGUAGUAAUGAAAUCGAGUUCAGACGGUGAAUUAUUAGGGCCAUCCGAAAUGACACUAAAUAAUUCCAACAACGUGCAAUCUGUAGAAACUUCAAGACUGAAGCGUACCUUUACAUUGCCUAGGAACCCGUUCAACAGCACUAGAAUGUCAAGAAGACGUAUAAAGUCCGGCAAUAAUGAGACUGAUAAUAAAACUAACAACAAUAAUAAUCACAACAAUUCGAACGAAAUGGACAAAAACAAUAAAAAGAUAUUUCGAAGGCCUUCUUUUCGUAAACUCAUUAAUAAAAUAGCUCAACAUAUCGGUGGUGUGCCUGUUAUCAAUUCCGGUGCUGAUAACCGAGUGCCUCCCGUUGGUUAUCAGACGUGGACUCCUGAUCAAACGCCCGGAGUCACCGGUUUAAAAAACCACGGGAAUACGUGUUUUAUAAAUGCUGUUUUGCAGUGUAUUGCACAUACCGACAUUCUUGCAGAAUAUUUUGUCCUGGACUUGUACAAAGUCGAUUUAUCCCGAAGGAAUAAAUUAAACUCUAAGAAGUUCGGGACUAAAGGUGAAGUUACUGAACAGUUGGCGUUGAUUCUGAAAGCCCUUUGGGCUUGUCAGUACACUCCGGAGCUCAGUACCAGCUUUAAGCAGGUCGUUGAACGUCAUGGGUCUCAAUACAAGGGAUCCCAGCAGCAUGAUGCUCAUGAAUUCUUUCAGUGGUUACUGGACAAAGCCCACGAGGACCUCAAAAUGGCUUCAAAAAAGAAAUUCAAGACGAUUAAGGUUUCGGGAGGAGGAAAAUCGGAUGAAAUAAUUGCAGCAGAAACUUUGGCCAAUUACAAUAGGGGUAAUAAUUCCUUUAUACAGGCUGUAUUCCAGGCCCAGUAUCGAUCUUCGUUAAGCUGCUCACGAUGCCGAACGCAAUCAAACACGUUCGACCCCUUCCAGUGUAUUUCGGUUCAACUGCCUCAAAUUGAUCAUCAAUCCAUUUAUGUCACUGUACUGUACACUUCACAACAGCCUCGCCAAGUCCGUAUCGGUCUAAGUUUGCCUUCCGGAGCGACUGUGAUUGAACUACGUGAUAUUUUGGAAUCCGACACGUCGAUAAAUAAGAAAAAUAUGUUACUAACCGAAAUAGGUAGUAGUGGUUUUAUGAGAACAUUCACGAAUUCGCAACCAAUUAGCGUUAUAUCAGAAAUCGAUCCCGUUUAUUGUAUAGAAGUAGCUCAACUAAAAGACAUCGAAGAUGAUGCCACAAGUGCAUACAUCCUCUUAUGUUGGAUCAAUGUGGUGGUGCGAGAAGACUCAUGUGAAAGAUUUGGUAGUCCAUAUACUAUGCAGAUUAGUAGAGAAACUUCAUAUGAAGAUUUACAAAAGCUUGUUCUAAAAGAGAUGGCCUCCAUAUUGCACGAUGACGUCCUAACAUCAUCUCAACCUUGUGGGAUAUUCAAAAUGAAAAUUUCCGAUCCGGCAUGUGAUGAUAACGAACCUCCGUGCUAUUUGGAACCAGAGUUGCAACAUCCGCUCUUUAUGGAAGCAAUUGACCAAGCCUUAGCCCUUUGCGGCGAAGAUGAAGGACCCGCCCACGUAAAAUUAGUGCUCGAAUGGACACCAGAAACCAAGACCGCAAUUAUUGCAGAUGAUUGCGAUUACGUGGAAGAGCAUUCAAGUGUUAGAGAAUUGAAAGCCCAAGCCCUUCAAGGUGGAGCUCCCUUGACUUUAGAAGAGUGCCUAAGACAUUACACCAAGGCAGAAACCUUGACAAUGGACGAUGCUUGGAGAUGUCCUCAUUGUCAGCAGUACUUACCAGUAGUAAAAACCCUUGAUGUAUGGUCUUUGCCUGAUAUUCUUGUGGUUCAUUUCAAACGUUUCAGGCAACAAACUCUUAAAGGCUGUCAAAGUACUAAGCUGACAACUAUGGUCGAUUUCCCUGUGUUCGGUUUCGACAUGUCGCCCCAUUUAGCCAACAAAAAAAACACGACCACCAUUUCAAACGAUCUUCCCGACUCGGCUCAUCUAAUUAUGCACCAAAACAAUUCAACUUGGAAACGUUCACCGCCACAACAUCGGACAGCUCCUCCUCCAUCUGAAAAUGACAAUACCUACGAUCUGUACGCUGUAUGUUACCAUCAUGGUUCGGAUUUAGAAACAGGUCAUUACACAGCGGCCUGCAGGAAUCCCUACGAUGGUCAUUGGUAUCUCUACGAUGACACCAAAGUAACGAAUUUGAGCCAGCAAACUAAUGAUAUCGGGUCUGUUCUAGUGAAUAGUAGCGCGUAUAUUUUAUUUUACCAAAAGAGGAGCGGAGUGUACGUGGGUUCUAGUUCAAGUAGCGCAGCCAGUUCCAGUUCUGUAUGUUCUAGCGGUGACCACUGGGUCACCAGAAUGCCUAAAUUCAAUUACGUACCGCCAAAGACCAUAAAAGUUGCCAAUAAUAAUAAUAAUAUUAAUAAUAAACAAACCUCUGUGGAAACAAAGCCGAAAAAUUGUGAAGUGGCGUCUCAAGAACUGAUUGAUGUUGCUACUGAAGAAAUUUCUGCUGAAGAAACCUUGAAGGACGUGAAAAACGAUCUCGAACAAAAGAAUGGUCCUGUUACACUAUCCAUUAAUGGUAUGAAAGAAGAUAUUGAAAUUGAAGAAGACGUUGUCGAGGAGGUGAAGGGACCUGUAUAUACUACAAGUAUAUUUAUCAAUUCAUCGGGAAAUGUAGAUAUUAAGGCAACACGAACGGACAGAUCGCCUGUUUUAAGUCUACAUAGGAUAAAUGGGGUAGCAGAAGAAAGAAAAGGAAUCAUCGAUGGAACAGUCCCAAGGGAGAAAAAACGGAUCUGUCAUUCCAAUGAGGUGUUUGCCGUUAGGCCCGUGUGGGCUUCAACUAAUUCUAUGCACACCGUUCCAUCGAGUCAGUCUCAAAUGUCCAUAUAAUCAUCGAAUUGCAUAACGAAUUCAUUGGUCAAUUUAAGAGAACAAAGUGCAUUAAAUUUUUGACAAGUUACAAUCGGUACCUUGUUAUUUAUGUCCGUGUAUGAUAAAUUCGAAAUUAUUUUAUGAAAAACAUUGUAUAUGUUAAAUACCUUUAG